GAGGAGCGCUACUUCCAGCGCGCCCUCGUCGCGGCCUGCGAGGGCGGCGAGCGCUCCGCGGCGCUCGGCGCACUCGCGCGCGCGCGGGAGCGUGGCCUUGCGGUCGGCGAGGGCCUGAUCCAGCACGGGCUGGCGGCCUGUGCGCGCGAGGGCCGCUGCGAGCUGGCGGUGGAGCUGCUCCGUGCCAUCGAGGCCGCCGCGGGCCAUCCGCCCUCGCUGCGCGCGCGGACGGCGUGCAUCGGCGCCUGCAGCAAGGACCCGCGGGACCUGCACCGCGCGCUGGAGGUCCUCGACGGCCUUGUCUGCGCCGGCCUGCCGCUCGACGGCGUCGCCCGCGUGGCGGGCGCCGUGGCGCUUGGGCGCGCUGGCCUCUGGCAGCGCGCGCUGCAGUUCCUCGACGAGGGCUCACCUGUGGAG